CUCGGAUCCGCGCACGACGAAUGUUGGUGACGAUACCACCCCCUUCCUCCCUGGACUCCGGCUUUGGGCUCGACGAAUGCGAGCACGCCCUCUUCUCGAAAUUCACCUGCAACUACUACUGGGCAGGCGUCCUCCGUAACGCCCCGCUCCCGGCUCUGGAGAUCCAGAAUUGCAACCCCGCCAACCCUGGCGGCGUGCCCACGCUUCCUGGCAUGUAUGUCUUCGAAGGGACAGCUAGUCCUGAUAUCCACACAUUCUGGUAUGGCGCUCCCGCCGGCGCCGCCAACCAGACCGAGGAUGGCGUAAAAGCAGACGUCCUGGCGACGAUCGAGAGACUCCGCCGCGCGAAUGGCGCAGUGUGGCGUGAGGUCGAAAGUGCCGGUGAAGACGUUGAGUUCCUAGCCAUGGGCGACUUCAACCCGUUCGCGUGUAUGGUCAACGCGGCCGACAUCAAAGACGGCUUCUAUCGUCGCUUAUAUGAUUUGCAGGGCUACAGAAACACGUGGUGGACUGGAGCAGCUUGGCAUACGCAUGAUGCUAGUUUGCUACUGGAUUUCACACAGAAAGUUCUCGUCAACAUGACGGAAAAUGUUUCUUCAGAAAGCAACAAGACUGAAGGGACGGAAGAGUUGUGAAUUGACUUCCACCGGAUGCGCUGUUCAAGCGGUUUCCGCCAAGUACAUACCUACCUUGGCGUAAAGGAGAGCAAUUAGUUGUGUCGCUUGACUUGUCUCACAAGUCGAUCAAUGUAGGAGAGUUUUUGCCGAUGCAAUCCUUUAUUCCAAGUUUUAAUUAAUCUCGGUGUCAUGAAUCGGCUCGAAGUUUUGCUUGGUAACUUGAAAUGGCGAAAACUCGGCAACAGACGCGGUGACGUGAUAGGAAUCACGUUAAUACGCUUCGCAUUCGACUCUGACAGGGCUGAGUGCUAGAAUUCACAUUUACAGUUUAUUCAUAUAAUAUAUACAAUUCUACGCA